CUAAAAUGUUUUUAAAAUUAUUUCAGACAUAAGCAAAGAGGAUCUUGAAACAGUCAAUUCCAAUUUCAAGAAAACUAUAUUGCCCAGAUGUUUAUCUACAUUAUCAAAAAUAUCAAUCACAGUCGAAGAAUUAAAAUCUUUAUAUUUUGGUGACAAAGCAGUGUCAGAAGAAACUCUAAUGAAUUACGUUGAUUUUAUCAGCGACGAAUUCUUCUGUCGUGGCAUAAUGGAAGUGGUGGAUGUUCAGACAAAGUUGAAUAAUAAUGAUAAGAAAGCGACGUAUCUGUAUCAAUUUUCAUACGAGAGUGACACUAAUCCCUUGAGAAAAAUAUUUAAAGUUCAAAUCCCAGGUGUGACUCAUGCCGAGGAAUUGGCGUACUUAUUUCAUCCUUAUAUGAUAAAAGAAUUGGACUUGUCGGCGCCUGCAGUUGAUUCGGAGGACUAUAAGAUGAUAAAUUGUUUAACGCAAAUGUGGACAGAUUUUGCUAAAACAGGGAAUCCAACGCCUACUACAAAUUUGUGGUUGUCAGUGACCAAUUCACAAAGCGGAAAAUACAAUUAUCUGAAUAUCGAUACAAACUCGCAAACAAAGGUUUUCCGUAAAGGAGAAGAAAGAUGGGAUUGGGAAAAGAAGAAAAAUAAGUUACGGCGCUAAAAUUUUAUCUACGUUAAAAUUAGGUUUCUCCGGGUACCUUUUGCGUUUAUAAAUAUUCUCUCGUUAUUUUUCAAAGAUAUUUUAUACAUGUGGAA